UUGCUCAUGAUAAAAGGGUGAAUAUAAAGAAGUCAAGCAGGAGGCACAGUGUGUGUGUCAGGUCAGUUCCCCAGCUUCUGGGGACAUGGCCACAGCACUCCCAGUGCCUCUGCGAGGCCUGGUGGGGCUGCUGCUCUUGGUGUGUGUCACGCCGUGGGCUGAGUGUGGGAAGGUGCUGGUGGUCCCCAUGGAGGGCAGCCACUGGCUCAGCAUGAAGGACGUUGUGAGGAAGCUCCACGCCCGAGGACACCAGGCUGUGGUCCUGGCUCCAGAUGUCACUCUGCACGUGAAAGGAGAGGACUUCUUCAAUUUGAAAACCUAUACCUCUCACUACACCGAGGAAGAAUUUCAUCACCUAAUAUUGAGCCACACUAAAUUGAUCUUUGAAACACAGCAUUAUCUGAAGACAUUUUUAGAAACUACGGCAAUUGUGAAGAAAGGUUCAGCAAUCUAUGAGAGGUCUUGUGUGGAGAUGCUGCAUGACAGUUCCCUGAUCAGCCAACUAAAUUCCAGUUCCUUCGAUGUGAUUAUCACGGACCCUAUGAUUCCUUGUGGGGCAGUUCUGGCUAAGUAUCUGCGUAUUCCUGCUGUCUAUUUCCUGCGGGCCAUACCUUGUGGCUUUGACUUUGAGGGCACACAGUGUCCGAACCCUUCCUCCUAUAUUCCGCAGUUGCUCACAACAUACUCUGACCACAUGACUUUCCUGCAGAGAGUCAAGAACAUGCUGUAUCCUCUGGCCUUGAACCACAUAUGCCACAUUAGUUUUGCUCCCUAUGCAAGAAUCGCAUCUGAACUGUUCCAGAGAGACGUGUCUCUGGUGGACAUUCUCAGCCAUGCUUCUGUGUGGCUGUUCAGAGGGGACUUUGUGUUCGACUACCCCAGGCCCAUCAUGCCCAACAUGGUCUUCAUCGGGGGCAUCAACUGUAUCAGAAGGAAGCCACUUUCUCAGGAAUUUGAAGCUUAUAUUAAUGCUUCUGGAGAACAUGGAAUUGUGGUUUUCUCUCUGGGAUCCAUGGUCUCAGAAAUCCCGGAAAAGAAAGCGAUGGCUAUCGCUGAGGGUUUGGGCCAAAUUCCUCAAACGGUCCUGUGGCGCUACACUGGAACUCCACCAUCGAAUCUCGCGAAGAAUACGAUCCUUGUGAAGUGGUUACCCCAGAAUGAUCUGCUUGGUCACCCGAAGACCCGGGCGUUUAUCACGCAUUCUGGCUCCCACGGUAUCUACGAAGGGAUCUGCAAUGGGGUCCCCAUGGUCAUGAUGCCCUUGUUUGGCGAUCAGAUGGACAACGCGAAGCGCAUGGAGACGAGGGGAGCGGGUGUGACCCUGAAUGUCCUUGAAAUGACCUCCGAUGAUUUAGGAAAUGCUCUCAAGAAGGUCAUCUAUGAGAAAAGCUACAAGGAGAACAUCAUGCGCCUGUCCAGCCUGCACAAGGACCGCCCCAUAGAGCCUCUGGACCUGGCUGUGUUCUGGGUGGAGUUUGUGAUGAGGCACAAGGGGGCGCCGCACCUGCGCCCUGCAGCCCACGACCUCACCUGGUACCAGUACCACUCCUUGGAUGUAAUCGGCUUCCUCCUGGCCAUCGUGCUGUUGGUGGCCUUCGUCGCCUUCAAGUGCUGUGCCUAUGGCUUCCGCAAAUGCUUUGGGAAGAAGGGGCGAGUGAAGAAAACCCAAAAAUCCAAGACCCAUUGAGAAGCGGGUUGGGAGAAAAGGAAAAAGUUUUGCUCCAUUUUCUAAUCAAACGCAAACUUGAAAA